AGUGGUUAGUUGUAUCUGUCAAACUGUGUGUCUCCUAUGAGUCUGACAUGCAAAGCUUGAUGAGAUUAUGAAAGUAUAAGUAUAUUUUGGCUUAAGCAUUUUCACUAUGUUAUUUAGAGUAUUGAGAACAGUUUACAAAAAAACCUCAAAAUGUGUCUUUUCAAACGAAAAUUCUUGCUUGUACAUCCACAAGUCAACGUUGCUUAACAAUCGAGCAGCUUCAUAUUGGUUCCCCAAUAAAGAACAUUUCAAAGAAUUAAUGAGCUUACCUUCCAUGGAAACUCUUCAUCCAACUAAAUGGGAUUUUCCUUCUCAUAUAAAAUAUCAGAUGUUACCUCCAAAAACAAUCAAGAAUAUGAAAGUUAACUUUGGUCCCCAACAUCCAGCAGCUCAUGGUGUACUAAGACUUGUGUUAGAAUUAGAUGGUGAAGUAGUUUUGAAUGCAGAUCCGCACAUAGGGCUUCUCCACAGAGGCACUGAAAAAUUAAUAGAAUAUAAAACGUACAUUCAAGCAUUACCUUAUUUUGAUCGUCUUGAUUAUGUAUCUAUGAUGUGCAAUGAACAAGGUUUUUCUCUUGCAGUGGAAAAGCUCCUGAACAUUGAAGUUCCUGUGCGUGCCAAGUAUAUACGAACUUUGUUUGCUGAAUUGACACGUAUUUUGAAUCAUAUCAUGGGGAUAGGAACACAUGCUUUAGACAUAGGAGCUUUAACUCCAUUUUUCUGGUUGUUUGAAGAAAGAGAAAAACUGAUGGAAUUUUAUGAACGAGUUAGUGGUGCACGAAUGCAUUCAGCAUAUGUAAGGCCUGGAGGUGUGGCUCUUGAUCUCCCUCUUGGGCUUAUGGAUGAUAUAUAUGAGUGGGCUUCAAAAUAUUCGGAGAGGCUUGACGAAAUAGAAGAUAUAUUAUCAGAAAACAGAAUUUGGAUUCAGCGUACAAAAGAUAUAGGUAUUAUUAGCGCAGAAGAUGCUUUAAAUUAUGGCUGCAGUGGAGUUAUGCUACGAGGUUCUGGAAUAAAGUGGGAUAUUAGAAAAUCUGAGCCAUAUGAUGCCUAUGACCUUGUGGAAUUCGAUAUACCUAUUGGUAUUAGAGGCGAUUGCUAUGACAGGUAUCUUUGUCGUAUGGAGGAAAUGAGACAGUCUUUGAGAAUCAUUGAACAAUGUUUAAAUAAAAUGCCAAGAGGUGAAGUAAAAACAGAUGAUGCGAAAAUAGUGCCCCCUAGUCGAAAAGAAAUGAAAACUAGUAUGGAAGCUUUAAUUCACCAUUUUAAAUUAUUCACACAAGGAUUUCAAGUACCUCCAGGUAGUACUUACACCUGUAUCGAAGCACCAAGAGGAGAAUUUGGUGUGUACUUAGUCAGUGAUGGUAGUUCGAAGCCGUACAGAUGUAAAAUUAAGGCUCCUGGGUUUGCACAUCUUGCUACAUUACAAAAAAUUGGCCCUGGGCAUAUGUUAGCUGAUAUAGUAGCCAUAAUUGGGACUCUUGAUGUUGUAUUUGGUGAAAUAGAUCGAUGAUUUUGUACCUUUAUUAUUGAUUAAAUUACAAUAGGAGUUGUAUUUUUCAGCUGUGUUUGUAACAUACAAAAAAUCUGAAUAAAAUAAAAAACGAUUACUUAGUGGCAAUAUAAA